AUGACUUAUUACCCAAAGAAGACGAGCACCAAUGGAUCUGUCACGGUGGUAAUUCGCUAUAAGCUGAACUUCCACUUAUGCACUGAUUCUGACACGUGGCAAUGCUACAUUGGGAAUUGUGGUACUGAGAGUGCUUUAGUGCUGAACAAGGUCUACAGCGAGAGCAGUGGAGAGUGGUGUCAGAGAGAGGGAAUCAUGACUCGGCAGGUUACCAGCAAUGCUCCGUUUCAGCUUAGGUUAGAUAAUGGUAAUUGGAUAAAUAAUAUCGUAAAUGGUAUUGUUGCAUGGAGAGCUCUGACUCUGGUGGAGCUGAGGAACCGGUCGGACACCGGCCAUGCCAACAGAUCACCCCAGACCACCAUACUGCCGGUUGUGAGAGUUCCUUCAAACUGUCAGAGAGAUUUUAACCUGUUGGCGUUUGACCCUGAUGGAGACAAAGUUAUAUGCAGAUACGGAAACGCAGCACUGUCAGAGUGUAACCCCUGUACACCAGCGUCUGUUCUCAGCCUCUCACCAUCUUGUACUUUGUCGUUCAGCCCCACCAAUGGCAGUAAUCAAGGUCCAUAUGCCGUACAGCUGGUGAUGGAGGACUUUCCCAGGCAGAAUAUCACCCUGACUCAAACAAACGGGAUGCAGACAACCAUAACUACCAACAACACUCUCAGCAAACUACCUGUCCAGUUUGUUUUAAAUGUGGAUCCUGUGGUGCCAUCCUGCACAGAGGGACUCUACCUGCCUACAUUCCUGCCUCCAACCCCAGCCAACAGGGCACAGCUGUACACGCCUGUCAAUCACACCCUGGAAAUCAGCAUCAAUGCGGAGGCAAAUAUCUCCACGAUCUCUGAGCUUCUGUUCAGUGGGCCGUACAACAUAAACCUGACUAAAUCAGGAACAGGACAGUUCAUUCUGAGAUGGACACCAUCUGAGGACGAAGAUGGAGAAAGUCAACCCAUCUGCUUUGUUGUCCAAGCAGUUUACAAUUCAACAACGUAUCACUCCGAGCUACGAUGUGUCGCUGUAAGUGUUAGAAACGCAGAACCAUCAUCAAAUGCAACUGUAACCACAGAAACUUGUCCAGCACUUACACCAGAAACUACAGCAGCAUUCAAUCAAAUUGUCAUAGGUCUGAGAAUGAGGAUUUCCUCUUUGUCUCCACUGUCUGACAACUACAUCAGGAAUACCGUCAUGCAACAGCUGUAUGAUGAACUGGUGAGACAAGGGAUGCCAUCAAACUUCAUUCUGAGCUUUGUGAGGAGAGUGUAGUGUCAAGGAAUAUAACAUCAGUAGGAUAUAAGCAGUCGGUGGGUGAUUUAAACAUAUGUACCCAGGGAAAAUGCAUUGAACAUUUGACCUAGAGAGAAACAUUGCUGAGAAUAUAAAACCCUGGAAAGGUACUGUGUCAUGUAAAUAGGAUCUUGAGCUGGGGAACAUGGUUGAAUUCAGUCAAACUCCUUAAUUAUGUUCCUGAUACACCAACCCUCAAAGACCAGAACUGUAAAGUCCUGAGGUUAUAACAGACAUUUUCUCUGUGGAAAGAAUUGAGACUGUAAAUCUAAACACAGGUUCCUGCUAAAGAAUGAAAAAUAAAAAUGUUUUUAUUGGACGAAAAAA